AUGGAAGGCCUCUCCCAGGUUCGAAGUACCCCGUACCCGGGCCACAGCUACGAUGGAUCCGUGCUGUGGAUCCGGGCUACACGGGAUCCGACCUGGCCCGUCCGGCCUGGGCCUCUCCUCCCACCUGGGCUCUCGACCAGUCGCAAUGCGCGCGCGCCGAAAUCACCAGCCGUCCAGAUUGCGAACCAAGGCCGUGGAAGGGACGACGAGAUGGCGCCAGAAGCCCGCGCGCGGUGGUUAUGCAGAGAGCCCGGGGAGAAGGAAGCUUGGCGGCCGUCGACCAUGUUUGCGGCGCGCGCUGGCAAAAGGGCCACAUUUGUCUGGAAGUAUUUCCAAUCGAGGUUGAGGGAGGGGCAGGACCCCUCUCCGCACCUGUUCGGCACCCUGCCCAAGGGCAGCCAGCCAUGCCCUCAUCCGACUGACGACAACCCUCGGAGGAACGCUAAGGCCAGUCCUCAAGGGGCGCGAUUCGCUCAGCUCGACGCGUCUGCAAGACUGGCGGGCCUUGGCAGCUGCGACGAGAAUCGAACUGGGUAAAGCUCGUCAAAUAAGCUCAAUGUCGCUUCUUUUUUGACAGCACAGAAGGAGAGUCACGUCAGGAUUGCACUAAACAAGGUGGCCCAACCUGCCACGCGGGCUUGAACAAUUAUUGAUGCCUGAGCCUAGCGGCGGGUGGAUGAUGAUAACGAGCAAAAGCCGC